UGUUUCUAAGGAUCUAUAAUGUUCAUAAAGUCUAGGAUAUGCUAAUUUUAUACAAUGGUAUUAAUCAAGAAAAAAAAGAAUAGUAACGUUUGAUGUUAAUAGAAUUUUUUUACCGGAAACAACAAGAUUAAAGAUUAACGAUGUUAACUAGUUUGUAGAUUGAUAAAUUAUAAUCAUCUUUUAAACCAAUCCCCCAAUGCCCACAUUUUGUUGAGGGCGUUGCGAGGAUGACGAAUGUUGUUAUGACUACUACAAUACAAUCAGCGCCAGGAAGUUCAGGGUAUUUGGAUUUGUACCCUGAACGCAAAAUGUCAUUUUUUAAGAAUCCUUAUGUUCUCGGUCUCGCUGCGGUCGCCGGCAUUGGUGGCAUGCUUUUUGGCUACGACACAGGUGUGAUAUCAGGAGCACUUCUAUAUAUAAAGGAUGAUUUUGAAUCUGUUAGAGAAAGCAAAAUUCUGCAGGAAACAAUAGUGAGCAUGGCAAUAGCUGGUGCAAUAUUUGGAGCAUCAACAGGCGGUUUGAUUAACGAUGCUUACGGACGAAAAAUGUCGACACUUUUCGCUGAUGUUAUCUUCAUUUUCGGAUCAAUCACUAUGGCUGCUGCACCUGAUCCUUACAUUCUCAUAAUGGGACGCCUUAUAGUUGGUUACGGCGUCGGAAUUGCGUCUGUCACUGCUCCCGUCUACAUCGCCGAAGCAUCGCCUUCCGAAAUCAGAGGUUCUUUAGUCAGUACUAACACUCUCAUGAUUACCGGCGGACAAUUUAUUUCAUACAUUGUUAACCUCGCCUUUACGCGUGUUCCCGGUACUUGGCGAUGGAUGUUGGGAGUUUCGGCUGUCCCUGCACUUGUUCAAUUCAUUCUCAUGCUCUUCCUACCUGAAUCUCCUAGAUGGCUUUUUAUGAAGAAUAGAAAAGAUGAAGCUGUUGAUGUUCUUUCCAACAUCUAUGAUUUGGCUCGUCUUGAAGACGAAGUCGAAUUUCUAACGGCUGAGGCGAACCAAGACAUACGGAAAAAAAAGAAAGCCAGAUUUCGGGAUGUUUUUAAAUCUAAAGAAAUCAGAUUAGCAUUCAUGGUUGGAGCAGGACUUAUGGUGUUCCAACAGUUUACAGGAAUUAACACUGUGAUGUACUACAGUCCGACGAUAAUUCAAAUGGCCGGUUUUAAAUCUAACGAAAUGGCUCUUCAAAUCUCAAUCUUUGUUGCUGCAAUGAAUGCUGUUGGAACAAUUCUUGGUAUUUACCUCAUUGAUCAUGCAGGGAGGAAGAUCUUAGCUCUUUGUAGCUUAGGCGGCGUGUUCGCGUCUUUGGUACUCUUGUUUCUGUCAUUCUCAAACCAAUCAUCAUCAGCAGGAGCAGCAGCAGUAAGUAGUACCGGGUGGCUUGCAGUUUUGGGCUUGAUACUAUAUAUUGCGUUUUUCUCACCGGGGAUGGGGCCGGUGCCGUGGACGAUGAACUCGGAGAUAUAUCCUAAGGAAUAUAGAGGAGUUUGUGGGGGUAUGGCUGCAACUGUGUGUUGGGUUUCAAAUCUGAUUGUUUCUCAGACAUUUCUUUCUGUUGCUGAAGCUUUAGGAACUGCUCUCACUUUCUUGAUUCUUGCUAUCAUUACAGUGUUUGCCUUUGUGUUUGUGUUUCUAUAUGUUCCUGAGACUAAGGGAUUGACCUUUGAUGAGGUUGAGUUAAUAUGGAAAGAGAAAGCUUGGGGCAGCACUCACAUUAACAACAGCAACAACAACUCUGACUCACAAAACCUUCUUGGGAGGGAUAAUGAUCAAUAAUUCUUAAUUUCUAAAUUCUUAAUUAGGACUCUUCUUUUACUAUUAGUCUAGUUAAAGACAUUAUAGUUGAGAUAAAAAUCACCAAUAAUUAUUAUAAAAAAUUUGUGAGUUUAAGAAGAGACUUUGUCAAGGACAAGUUCACUUCUACCUUCAUUAUAGGUCAAAGGAAAGAUUAUACAGUAUCUAAAAAUGUGCGUCCGAGUUCACGGACCAUGACAGAAAAAUUUAAGCAAUAUUAAUUAAUGAAAGUGCAAAGAAUGGGAACUAACCAAACUAAAAUGAAGUUGCAAAGAUUGGAUGACGGCUUUGCGACAGCAACAAGAAAAGGCAGGAACUGCUGAACUAUAUCGACCAGGAAACAUUGGUUGGAGCUCAAUUUACAUAAAAUCCAAAUCUUAUGUUGCAUCCUACAGCAA